UCUGCUCGACUCGUCGAACGGUCCGAAGACUGCGAGGAAACGGUAUAGCGUUUAAUUGAAAUCCGAGUAUCUUUUGUCGCUGUGCGUCUCACGGUUUACUAAUUGCUGUGAUAUUCGUAAACUUGUACCGUUCAACGAAUUGGAGAAUGUUGAGAUUGUUAGCAAUGUUCUUAUUGUUAUCCCGUGCGCGAUGCGUUCUCUCGCCAGCCAUUUUGGAGAACGUGUAUCGAUUCUUCUUUGGAUUUUCAACGACCACGACGACGACGACGACGACGACGACGACGACGACGUACGAGACGUCCGUUUCGAACCAAGAGUACGAUUUCAUCGUGAUCGGAGCUGGUUCUGGUGGAUCCGUGCUCGCGAAUCGUCUCACCGAGAUUCAAAGUUGGAACGUGUUGCUACUAGAAGAGGGUAAGGACGAAAUGUUCCUCACGGACAUUCCGCUAUUGGCGCCUGUUCUUCACGUCACGGAUUACGUUCGGCUGCACAAGAGCGAACCGAGACCACAAAAGCCCGACGGGACCGGCGGUUACUGUUUGUCUAUGAACGAGGGCCGUUGCAAUCUGCCGAGUGGCAGAGCGGUAGGAGGUAGCUCGGUCGUCAAUUUCAUGAUAUAUUCGAGGGGAUCGGCCAACGAUUACAACGCUUGGGCGGCGCAAGGCAAUCCCGGUUGGAGUUAUACAGACGUGUUGCCAUACUUUAUCAAGUCGGAAAAUUGCAAACUACGGGAUCAAGACGUUAGAUUCCAUGGUCGCGGUGGAUACCUCGACGUCACCACUUCACCGUACGUAUCCCCGUUGAGAGAAAGUUUUCUUCGAGCCGGCGAGGAGCUGGGCUACGACAUAAUCGAUUACAACACCGACAGGCUUAUCGGUUUUUCAACGGCACAGGUUCAUUUGAGAAAUGGUCACAGGGUCAGUGCCAGCAAGGCGUUUCUACGGCCUAUUCGCGAUAGAGCCAACUUUCAUUUAUCGAAAUUAUCGAGAGCGACGAGGAUCGUGAUCGAUCCAAACACGAAAACCGUCGUGGGCGUCGAGUUUGUUAAAAAUGGCAAAAAGUUGUUCGCUUCCGCCAGAAAAGAGAUAAUAGUUUCAGCAGGUACUCUCAAUUCCCCCCAAUUGUUGAUGCUCUCCGGUGUGGGACCCAAGGAUCACUUGACGUCGUUGAACGUUCGCGUGAUCGAGGAUCUUCCGGUCGGAUAUAAUUUGCAAGAUCACGUCAGCAUGUCGGCGUUGACAUUUCUCGUCAACGAGAGCGUGACGAUCGUCGAACCGCGCGUCGCCUCAAAUUUCGCAAACGUUUUCGAUUACUUUGUUAAAGGGACCGGUCCGCUCACCGUACCCGGAGGAGCCGAAUGUUUAGCGUUCGUUAACACCAAACAGGACGCUCGAAAAGCGAGGAGAAGAAACCGAGCCAAGAAAAACCGCUUUCACCGCGAGGACAACUUGCAUACGUAUUUCGAGAACGAAGUAUCUCCUCCGCUAAACGUGUCUUCCCUCGUCGCCCAUCGCAACAGCUACUCGGAAUCUCGAUUUCUCAAUUCGGAACAAGCGGACCUUCCUGACAUCGAAUUGGUUUUAGGAAUUAGCGCGCUUACCGGAGACAUAUCCGGCAGCUUCAGAGGUCUUCUUGGCUUGACGGAGCAAUUUUACAAAGAGGUUUUCACCGGCUACGAAGGGUUCGAUGCUUUUUCGAUCGUCCCGAUACUCUUGCAGCCGAAAAGUAGGGGGCGAGUUACCUUGAGGACCUCCGAUCCGUUUCGUCCACCUAUAUUCCAAAUAAAUUACUACGAUCACCAAGACGAUCUGACAACCAUGGUUCGGGGAAUAAAAAAGGCAAUACUAAUCGCGUCUACCAAGGCUUUCAAGCGUUUCAACGCGACGCUGCUACCGGUCGCAUUUCCAGGAUGCAAACGUAUCCCGUUCGAUACCGAUCCGUACUGGACGUGCGUUGCUCGCCACGUGAGCACAACCUUGGGUCAUUUCGUGGGCACGUGCAAGAUGGCCACGAGGGAGAACUCGGGCGUGGUUGAUCACAGGUUACGAGUGCACGGAAUCAACGGUUUGAGAGUCGUGGAUGCCAGUAUAAUUCCAAGCCUGAUCGCUGGCCAUACGAACGCGCCGACGUAUAUGAUCGCCGAAAAGGCCGCUGAUAUGAUAAAAAAAGAUUGGAAACAGUUGGAUUCGGACCGUACACGUUAAACGAUCUUUUCU